AUGGACGUUGACUUCAACCGUUCCCAGGAAACUCACCUGAAGUUCGGACAAAUCUUGAAGGAAUAUCAGGCAAGAGUGUUGAGCGAUGAAGCGUCUCUUGACCCGUUCUCUAUAGUGCAAGACUUCAGGUCCAUUGCCGGAGAAGAGGCAUUGGAAAUUGCAGAAUCUGGAGAGGAGAAUGAUAAUGAACAGUUCCAGAACUGGGAACUAGAGGCCAAGUUUUGGGAUCUUGUUGGCUUGUUAGUGGAAUAUCGAACAUCAGAGACAGUUGACAAAGAUAUUAACGUUCAUUCAUACAAUUCGAACGUAGUAUUCCAAAAACAGUUGUUGCAAUCAAAUAAGGGGAUAUAUGAAAUCUGGUUAAUAAAGUCAUGGCUUGAGGCUAACAUUGGCAUCCCAGAGAGACCAUCUAGUUUAUGUACUACAAAAUGGUCGAGUUCCAUGAUAGCAGGCACUGUGAAAAGCAUGGAUUCGGAUUCGAUCUUAAGAGAUCCAACAACGAAUCUUCAGCCUGAUGAUCGUCAAAAUGAUCAUGCUUUCUUCGUAUAUGCGUUCCGCCUUCUCUUGGCUGGUCAAUUUGAGAAAUUGACAGAAGAGUGUGAAUUUACAGAUAAUUUAACUCUUAAUCUUAUACUGAGAGGAAUGGAAUCCUAUGUGGAUCCAAACGUCGAUACGGAUAUGACCGACGAAUAUGCAAGUCAACAAGGGAUUAAAAAACAUGCCUUGUGGAGAAGAAGUGUAUAUGCCUUAUCUCAGGAUCCCUUACUGGAUCCUUAUGAAGCCGCUAUAUAUACCUAUCUUUCGGGCGAUUCUCCUACAAAUUUGAGGAUAGACGGGCUGGACUGGGAAACUGAAUUGCUAAUAUACGUAAAUCAAAUUUGGAAUGUUACCAUGGAAAACUAUUUGAUAGAACAUGGAAGAGUUGACAAUGAUGAGUUGAUCACUGAUAUGGAUACCGCUUGUCCAAGUUUAUCCCAGGUUUUGAAUAUUCUUGCUGCAAAAUAUCCAGAUGAGAGCGAGCAUCCGAUUAGGGUGUUGACUGCAUCAGUACUUUUGAACACCAUAGAACCGGUCAUGAAAUCAUCGACAGAUAUGCUAUUGGAUGUUAUUAAAGGGCGAGAUGAAGACAACGCGCUAUUCAACGAAUCGUACUUGCUAAGAAUUCUCACAAAUUUAACCAUAUUCCUUGAUAUUGUGUCACCAGAUACCAUAGACAUUUCAAAUAAGUCGAAAUUAUUAACAUCAUACAUCUCACUACUAUCCUACUAUGGGUUAUACGAUGUUAUACCAGUCUUUGUUAGUUUCUUAUCACAAGAGGAAAUUGUAGAAACUUAUUCAUUCUUCCUCACCAAUCUCAUUGAUCCUAAUCUCAGACAAAAACAAAUGGAAAUCUCCAAAUAUUUGGGUUUACCGAUUGCUAAUAUACUCAGAAGAACCGCUCAGCGAAUUUUUGAAGAAACGGAUCAAUAUUACAUUGUUGAUAGUGACAUAGAGUUGACUAACGAAGUUAGUGAAGUGGAUCAAAGGUUAAUGAAUGGUGUUGAAUGGCUAAUUGAGAACGGACUCUAUACUGAUAGUAUUGAUACUAUAAUUGCGUUAUCGAGGCGCUUCUUGAUAAACGGUAAAGUAAAAGCGCUUGAGUUAUUUGUUGACAACCAUGAUGUACCCAAUUUGUUAAAAGAAUAUCAGUUAGAAAGGCUAUCUUCACAGGAAGAGGAUCAUGAUUUGAAAACUACGGAACUCUUACAAUAUACAUCGUUAUUAUCUACCUUCAAAAAGCAAGAAGAGUGGGUAAAAUCAUCGCAACUUUUCAAUACCGAGUCGAACUUGCGAUCCCUAAUUAAGCAAUUCAAAGGUUUCUCGAACACAAUCAUAAAGUUAGUAACGACAUUUUUGGUAGACCUGAUAGACAAUGAAGAAGUGAAUGAUUCAGACGUUCUGUAUGAAAUACGGGCCUUAUACACUCCAUUUUUGAUUAUGGAGUUGCACAACAAUUUGAUUUCCGCAUCGGAGAACUUGAAGGUAUCUACAUUCGUUCAAGAAGCCAUUGACCUCUCCAUUUUGGUUGCCAACGAAACUGAUAAGAUAUAUCUGUUAUUCCAAAGUAACGGCAAACUUACUACAUAUCUACAGAUGGUUGCAAAGGCAUCCGCAUUAUUUGGAAGGUAA